AUGACAAAAGAUUAUCAAGACAGCAAAUCGUGUCGUCAAGAAGUGAUGUAUACAAAAGAUUCAUUGAAGAAACGGUUUAUUCCCAUCUACGUAAAACGAGAUUUCGUGGCUAGUGGUUGGUUGGGUGUACGCAUUGUCGGUCCACAAUACCUUCGUUUCGGCAAAAAACCUUUUGAAGAAACGGUCAAAGAUCUCGUGAAACUUAUUUUCGACGACAAGAGUGAGAAAAGCUCAAAACACAAGGUUGCUAAAGUGCCUGUUACUGUCCCUCUUGUUGAAAUCAAACCUGAUGAGAAUGACAAGCCGAAUGAAGAAUCGCCAAAAGAUAAUUACGAUGAUUCUAAUCAAUCUAGUCAUGAGAUACUGCCACUACUUGUACCUAAUCCUAAACCAAUUGAAAAAUGGAACUCGAAAGAUAUCGCCGAUUGGUUUGAUGCUAAUAAAGUUCGUUGUGAACUAAAAGAAAUGUAUGAUUUUCAAUGUGGCACUGAAUUACUUCUCUAUGGACAGUGUCUUCGACCAGAAUGGCAAUCUGAGUACUUUGAUGUACGAGAACAGUUCUUAAAACAAUACAGUACAGUAUUAUAUCGCAAUGAAUUUGUUCGUUUAGUCAAUGUAAUCAAUCAACUGGAACAGUUGCAGACAAAGCCUGUCUCAAGUACAUGUGGAAUUCUAUUACUAUUGUGGUUUAUUUUUGUAUUGCUGAAUACUUUCAAAAUGUUUUAA